AUGCUUUUCUCCAUCGCCCUUACUGUUGUUGCUGCCACUGGCAUCUCGGCAUCACCUCUUGAGAUCAGGUCCAAAACCGCAGUUCUGCCACUGAAGCACGUCACCAGUGUUAGCUCUAUCAAGGGCCUCGUUCAGAAAGGCCAGGCCCGUAUUCACAAGGUCAACGGCCAAGCCGUCACCACCACGCAUGUUGACGCCAGCUCGGGUCCUGUCACGAACGAGGAUGUCUCUUAUGUCGCCCCUGUCGUGAUUGGCGGCAAGACCUGGGAACUCAUCGUGGACACUGGAUCCUCAAACACCUGGUGUGGUGCUCAAAGCUCCUGCGAGCCAACAUCUACUGGAAAGUCUACAGGUGGCUCAGUCUCCGUUUCUUACGGCUCUGGUUCAUUCUCUGGCACCGAAUACACCGACAAAGUGAGCUUCGGUGGCCUCACUGUCACAUCGCAGUCGAUUGGCGCAGCCAGUAAGGCAACCGGCUUUUCUGGUGUCGAUGGAAUCAUCGGCUUUGGUCCUGUUGGUCUCACACAAGGCACUGUAUCCAACGUCAACACUGUUCCUACCUUCUUGGACAACCUCUAUAAGCAGGGCUCGAUCUCAUCUGAGGUCCUGGGUGUUUCGUUCCGACCCGAGUCUGGCAGCGACACUGAUGAUACGAACGGAGAGUUGACCCUUGGUGGUACCGACAGCUCCAAGUACUCGGGAUCCAUCACAUACUUCCCAACUCUCACCAGCGGCUCAGCUGCUGCGUACUGGGGUAUCUCCAUUGCCAGCUUCACAUAUGGCUCUACUACCCUUGCUUCGUCCAGCACCGGUAUUGUCGACACUGGUACUACGCUCAUCUACAUUCCUACCUCUGCCUACAACAAGUUCCUUUCUGCUGCCGGCGGAAAGACUGAUAGCUCAACUGGUCUUGCUGUGUUCACUACAAAGCCUACUGCCAACUUCGGUAUCAAGUUCGGAUCCACUACUUACACCCUUACUCCCGCACAGUACUUGGUCCCAACUGCUCAGUACAGCAACUUUGGCCUCACCUCCGGCAAGUACUACUCCUGGGUUUCAGAUGGAGGUAGCUCUGGUGUGAACACUAUCAUCGGACAGAAGUUCCUUGAGAACUAUUACUCUGUCUAUGACACCACCAACUCUCGCAUUGGUUUUGCCACAGCUGUCUAA